GCUCUGCUGUAAUGAUAUGUUCACAAUAAUCCAUGUGCCGGUUUGAGAGUAAUAAUAAGUUGCAAAGCCGAUCAGGCGCAUGCAGCAGGAGACUCCUGACGGCGGCUCUGGUCCUACAGGAUUGACGCGUUAAAUAUCAAAAUAUCAGAGCAUCUCAUGAGCUGCUGGACAGCAGGAACGGGAAGGUUUCGGCUUUGUGGUUUCAGCCUUGGGACAUUUUUUUUUUAACCACUUUCUGUAGUUGAUAUAGAAUCAGUUGCACCGGGCUGCGUUUCAGAGAUGCUGCGUGGAAAUAGGACCAGAAAUCUGUCCUAGGAUCUGAUCUUCAGUUUUCUCCAAAAUAAUAAUAAUAAUAUCAAUAAUAAUAAUAAUAAUAAUAAUAAUAAAUCCAGAUCCAGGCAGAGAAGGAGUGAGUUGUAACAGCUCCGCCUGUGUACUGUUAUCAUUCCCGGCCUUGUGCCAGCCGGUAGCGUGGAGCGGGACGUGGGCUCGCGGGGUCCUGGAAGCGGAGCUGCCUCGGUGUCGGUGUCCAUAUCUGGAUUCUCGCUCACGAACGACGGCAUGGUCGCGGGGAAAGGCGGCGUGAAAGCGUCGCUCUGGCACAACGAGAGAGUGCGUUUCGCCGUCUGUUUUCUCGGAGUCUUCGUGUGUUACUUUUACUACGGGAUCCUCCAGGAGACCAUCACACGAGGAGACUACAGCCAGGGGGAGAAAAAGGAGAAGUUUCGCUAUGCCACUACACUUGUGUUCAUCCAGUGUAUCAUCAAUGCUAUUUUUGCCCGGCUCUUGAUCCAGUUUUUCGAGGGCUCCAGACCGGACCACACGCGGAGCUGGCUCUAUGCAGUGUGUGCUUUGUCCUAUCUGGGUGCCAUGGUGUCGAGUAACUCUGCUCUGCAGUACGUCAACUACCCCACCCAGGUUUUGGGGAAAUCUUGUAAACCUAUUCCAGUCAUGAUCCUCGGCGUGACCAUUCUGAGGAAGAAGUAUCCCAUGGCGAAGUACCUGUGUGUGCUUCUGAUCGUCACCGGUGUGGCGCUUUUCCUCUACAAACCGAACAAAACCUCCACCUCUCCAGAUGAACAUGUGUUUGGCUUUGGGGAGAUGCUGCUGCUCCUCUCUCUGACUCUGGAUGGCCUGACGGGUGUAGCUCAGGAUCACAUGAGGGGGCAUUACCAGACAGGAGCCAAUUACAUGAUGCUGAACGUGAAUUUGUGGUCCAUUCUCAUGUUGGGAUUGGCUGUUCUGUGGACAGGUGAGGUGUGGGAGUUUCUAAGCUUUGCUGAUCGCUACCCCAGUGUCAUCUACAACAUUUUGCUCUUUGGAUUCACCAGCGCCCUGGGACAGACUUUUAUCUUUAUGACGGUCGUGUAUUUCGGGCCUCUCACCUGCUCCAUCGUCACGACCACAAGAAAGUUCUUUACCAUCCUGGGCUCUGUGCUGUUGUUUGGGAACAUCAUCACGCCCUUGCAGUGGCUUGGAACCCUCCUCGUUUUUCUGGGUCUCGGCUUGGACGCCAAGUUUGGAAAGACGCCCAAGAAGACUACGCAUUAAAGCACAAAGCGGAACGCGUGUGCAAGCGUGCGCUCUACUCACAUACAGAAAACUUGAAGAAACAUCCGUUUCGUCUGGUGCACCACUCCAUCAGUGGCUGAUCUGAAAAACAUGUACUUAUUUGUAUGCCUUUUCACCCAUGACUCACUGAAACAGUGGUCAUACGGUAACUUAAAAAAAGCAAAGACUGGAUAGUGAUAGAAAAUUUUAGACUUCCUGUUUUUUUUUUUUUUUGUUUUGUCACAGUACCACACACUUCGUCUUUGAGCUAUAUUUCCAAGGAAGUUUAGAGCCAGAGGACCGCGAGCAUGAUUGAUGUGAAUGAUUUGCGCACUCGUGGUAGGCAUGUGCACCGACUCAGAUUGACCAGUUCUAAACACACACACACAAACACAACCCAAUGUGUUAGUGUCAGUUUUACUCUGAAUCCUGCCAGACGCCUUUUUUGCGUUUUUUUUAGUUUUUAAUGUAUAAUGCACAUUCAUGUGUGUGUGUCUUAAGUGUGUUCCAUCACACAUCCGUUAUCUGAGACUUGCUUGAUCCUCAAUGUCCACUGCAUCUAAGCCGCAUCAGAUCUAAUCUGGUGUACAAAAUCAGCUCUUUCAUGUAAAACAUGACAUUUUUUUCUUUUAUCUGUGUUCCUGUCAAGUGUUUAUCUUAUUAUACAAUCCCUUUUCCAUACAUUUCAGAGAAAUAAUUAGAAUUCGAGAAUGAUCAAUUUUGAGGGUUUUUUUGACCAGUUGCACCUGUAUUGGAUAUUUAACUGAAAGGGAAACUAUGCCAGACUAUCGUGGGUGUGUGAUGACCAGCUGUUGUGUGUUCAUAUUGUGUUUCGAGUCUGCCAACGAAGCCAUGUUGUCCGUCUGUCCAUUUAGUAGGGGUGGGGAGGGGUAAAUCCAACCAGAUGGCAUUAAACUUAUUUUGGACAUGAA